AUGAAUUCGAAGCAAAACGAAGACGAAGAACAGCGACGGCAAUGGGGAGCUAGAGCGUGGGCCACACUCGCCACCGUGCGAACCCGAUCACCGCUCAUCCAAUGCAUCACUAACUUCGUUUCAAUGGAUUUAGUGGCCAAUACUCUCUUAUCCGCAGGAGCCUCGCCGGCCAUGCUUCAUUCUGUCGAGGAGUUGCCGGAUUUCACUCCUAACGCCGAUGCUCUCUGUAUCAAUGUUGGCACGCUUUCCCCCGCCUGGUUGCCCGCCAUGAAGUUCGCCGCUGAACUGGCGGUGAAGGCCGGGAAGCCCUGGGUUCUCGAUCCGGUGGCGGUUGGAGCUUCUAAGUUCCGGAUGAUGGCUUGUUUGGAGCUUAUGAAUCUGAAGCCCACCGUUGUUAGAGGGAAUGGAUCGGAAAUAAUCGCCUUGUCUAAAGCUUCUGCAGAGUCCAGUAUGGGUGUCGAUAGCUGCCAUGAGUCAGUGGAUGCUGUAGAAGUUGCCAAAUCAUUAGCUCAAUCCAGUGGAGCCAUAGUAGCAGUAUCAGGAGCUGUGGACAUAGUUACAGACGGGAAGCAAGUUAUUGGCGCUCGUAAUGGAGUUGCCAUGAUGCAGAAGAUUACGGCAACUGGAUGCUCAGUAACAGCCCUUAUUGCUGCCUUCCUUGCUGUUGAUCAACUUCAUGCUUUAGAGGCAACAACUUUGGCUUUAUCAAUAUUUGGAAUUGCGGGAGAAAUGGGAAUGGACAUGGCAAAGGGCCCUGCAUCACUACGAACUCAUUUGAUUGAUUCAUUAUAUGGGCUCGAUGAAGCUGCUCUAAUCUCGCGAGUAAGGAUCUCCAGCUUGUGAUUAAAUUUUGGACGGGGUUUUGUGUAUGGUAUGCCUAGUAACUACUCUUGAACUCUUUUGAGUUUGUACAGUGCUUUAAUGUUCAAUAAUGUUGAAAAGGUUGGUUAGCCUAAAAUUUUCAUUUAUUUAUCCAUUCAAGCUUUCAUUCUUUUCGGUGAAGU